GCUGCAGAUGAAUGGCAGUGAUGACUGCACAACAACUUGAACGUACUUAGUACUAUUGGUUAAGAUGAUAAAUUUAAAGCGUGUUUACCACAUUAAAAGAAAAAAAUUUUAAACGGUGAUAAGAAUAAUCCACAUCAAUCAAAACCAGUAGGAACAGGAGAAACUCAAGACUAGCCCAGCCUUAACACAACUUGACCACCAGGCAGUGGAAACAGGAAACCAAAGGCGUGGCAAGGGCAGGCCUCUGGGGCUCUGCACAGGGCGAGGAUGUGGGGAAGCCACAGGUUAAAGACGGUCACCAGCCACCCACUGGUCAGGCUGCCACUGCGCAAGCGCAUAUCGCGGCUCCCGCCGAGGCUCCUUUUAAACGUACCCGGAAGUGACGUCUGUAAAGCUGAGACUCGCUUAGGGACGCGCUGAGUCUUUGGCACAAGUGAGCGGUGUUCUGACUGCGGUCCAGGGGCUGCUAUGAGCUGCACCAUCGAGAAGAUUCUGACAGACGCUAAGACUCUAUUGGAAAGGCUGAGGGAGCACGAUGCGGCCGCCGAGUCACUAGUGGAUCAGUCGGCGGCUCUGCAUCGGCGGGUGGCCGCUAUGCGGGAGGCGGGAACAGCGCUUCCGGACCAGUAUCAAGAGGAUGCAUCCGAUAUAAAGGACAUGUCCAAAUACAAACCUCACAUUCUGCUGUCCCAAGAGAAUACACAGAUUAGAGACUUGCAGCAGGAAAACAGAGAGCUAUGGGUUUCCUUGGAGGAACACCAGGAUGCUUUGGAACUCAUCAUGAGCAAAUACCGGAAACAGAUGUUACAAAUAAUGGUUGCUAAAAAAGCAGCGGAUGCUGAACCAGUCCUGAAAGCUCACCAGUCUCACUCUGCAGAAAUUGAGAAUCAGAUUGACAGAAUCUGUGAAAUGGGAGAAGUGAUGAGGAAAGCAGUUCAAAUGGAUGAUGACCAGUUUUGUAAGAUUCAGGAAAAACUAGCGCAAUUAGAGCUUGAAAAUAAGGAACUUCGAGAAUUAUUGUCCAUCAGCAGUGAGUCUCUUCAGGUCAGGAAGGAAAGCUCAGUGGACACUGCUUCCCAAGCCAUCAAAUAAUUCAACUUCUGAAUAAUGCCUGGAGAUUGUUUAUCAAGGAAGGAAGUUAAUAACUCUAUUCGAGUAUUGUCCGUUCAGUGUCUUGCCUCAGACUUGAUUUAAUGUUGAUUAAAUGUAUCAAGUGGCAAUUUAGAAUUUGCAGUCAAAAGUAGCUGUCCACUAAAUAGUUUUAAGGUGUGUUAGUAAAAGUACCCACUGAGUUUCACUAUUCCUUUCUGUAAGAGACUUAAUUUUCAUUUCCGGGAACUUGAUUUAUAUAAACUGUGUUUUAAGUUCAUUUUUGUUCUUUCAUAUCUCUGAAACUUAUAGCAUUUUGUUAUAAGCCAGCAGUUUUAUUUUAUAUCAGAUUAUAAAUUGCAAUUCCAAAAAAAUUUUAAAAACAGAUUAUCUUUGUAGGUCUGUUUGGCAUAAACCUGGAUUUUUUUCCACUUGAAAAAAUAAGACAGUUCCACAGAAGUUGAUUGCCAGAUUCUCUAAUUUGUAACAUCAUUCACCUUUUAUGAAGUUUUAAGUCUCUCUGGUGCUAAGAGUUGGCACAUUAUGGCCUGGUGUCUUUACUCUUGAGAUAACCUAUUGCUAGUCCCCACAAAAUAUACUUGAAAGUAAGUCAACUGUUUGUUUAUUUCCAGUGGUAGUAUAAUCAUCAUAUUGUUCAAAGAAUGUUGAAAAAUUUGUUCUGUGUAUGUGUAUGCACGUACAUGUGCUUAGUUCAGAUGCUGAAAGUAAAUUUCAUUUAUUCUGUU